UAAUGACCAAACUCUCGUUGAUACCACGUGGCGCUGUACAAUGCCUUUCGAAAAAGACGGUUAUGGACUUAUGAUUCUUCUACAACUACAUCCUAGGUAUAUGUAUGUUAUGUAACCUCAUGUUGUUUAUACAAGGCGUUAUAGAUGUUCCUAAACCGUGUCAAGUGACAAUGCAAAGUAUAAAACGUCAACAAUUUAGAUUUAUUUAAAGAUAAAAUAUAUUGAUUUAUUUUAAAUGGUAAUUAAUUAAGUAAGAAAGCAUGAAAAGAUCAAAGGGCUCCAGUAAACCUGAGGCGCGUGAUAAGAGUAUAAAGUCCAUUGAGCCUCAAAUUACCAGGCAGGACAUCAGAAAAAGUAAGCAUUACGAGGCAAAUAUAAUAAAGUCUUAUUAUAGCUUCCAGUCGGGAGUAUUUACUCCUAGCGAUUUUAAGUUAACAGGGGAGAACAUUAUUCUUAAAAACCUGAGCAAGUAUGAUGUGUUUUUGGAGGAUCCGUAUGAUUUCCACGUAAGGGUCACUGCCUUGUGUUGGCACCCUGGAAAGCCGAACAUACUAGCGAUAGGUUCGAAAUGGGGUGAACUUGCGUUUAGAAAGUGGGUGAACUUUUUUGGAGAUAUGGUAGAGUUGUCAUCCUUCGAAGGGACCGGGCCAGGAGGUUCGAUUACAAAUAUUUGUUUCGAUCCAUUUAAGGAUAAUGGGGUCUUUUUAACGAGUGUCAAUGGAACUGCUAGAUGGUGGGACUACGAGAGCGGAAAGGGUGUCAACUUAAUGACCACAGGCACACAUGAAAAAUGGUAUUGUAGCAUCAGUGCUUCAGAAAAGACGGGUCUUAUCGUCGUUGGCGAUGUUAAUGGAAUACUCACAGUUUUGAAUAAAGACAUGAAACAAGUGGAUUCAUAUAAAAUACAUAAAAGAAAAUUGAUCAACGCUGAAUUCAGUAAUGCAAGGAAUUGGCUGUUAGUGACAUCCUCGCUUGACCACACCGUCAAAGUCUGGGACAUUCGGAAUAUGAAAAAACCUACAGUUAGUAAUAAGUGCACAGAAAAUUAUCUACAAGUUUUACAACAUAACAAAGCUGUAAACAGUGCUUACUUCAGCAAGACGGAUGGCAACCGGCUUCUUACGACAGACCAACAUAACGAACUCAGGGUAUACCGCGGACCGAAUUUCGACUUAGAAACCAUUAUAUAUCACCCUCAUCGCCAGUUCCAACAUCUCACAGGGAUUCGAGCUACUUGGCAUCCUUUGGCAGACCUCAUCGUUAUUGGGCGCUACCCCGAUCCGCAUUGGCCAAACUAUGAAAACGAAGUACUGAAAUCAAUUGAUAUUAUCGACCCCUCCUCGGGAAAAAUAAAAGUACAAAUGGUGUCAAAUUCACUCAAAGGAAUUUCAUCCUUGAAUGAAAUGAAUCCUACAGGUGAUCUAAUGGCUUCUGGGAUGGGGAUGCAUCUUCUUUACUGGAGAUUAAAACAUCAGACAGAUAAUAAAUUACCCAAAUCUGAUAAUAAGCAUUCUGAUGAUAGUGGUAAUGAUGAUGAUAGUGAAAAUGAAAAUAAAACCGAUAAGCCACCACCAAAAAAACCAAGACGUACUUUAAAAGAAAGCAAUCACAGUAAAAAGUUAGAUUACGAUAAACGUAAUAAGCCAGGGCCUAAAAAUAAAAAACAGCUAUAAAUAAUAAUAAGCAGUUACCAAUCUUAAUGCCUAUGUUAGAAAUAGUUUAAAAAAUUGUGACAAUUUUUACUACACUCUACUCAGGGAAAUUGUACAAUGUUUUAAUUGAAACAUUUGUUUUUUAUACAUUUUUUUAUAUUUUGCUAUUGUUAUUUUAAGGUAUUAUUAUACACAAUAAAUCUGUCAAACCCUUUCCUUUUGUUGUUAUGUCCUUGUCUCAAACAUUAUGACUAAUUAUUAUUUUUAUGUAAGGUCUUGGUUGAGAUGAAAAAGUUAGUGUUACAAGCAAGAUUCAUCUCAACAAAUGCCUUACAUAAAAAGAAUAAUUAAUUGAAAGAAGUUAUUUGGUCAAAUAGGACACUAAACAUAAUGGAUUAUG